AUGACCGAGAAGCACGGCAAGAAGCGCGCCCACACCGGAAGUGCCCGCGGUGAAACACCCCCUGUUGGGCCUCAAGCUGUCUCAGCACCACCGCCCGUCGAUUGUGAACAGCUGAGUAUUAGCAAUGCGCUUCUUCCUACAGCAACUGAUUCAUCUCACACCAAACAGGCCAAAAACUCGGUCAACAAGCUCAAGCAGCUAUGGAGAUGGGAUACUUUAACAUCGGUCCACCGCGAUCUUUGCAACCUGAACGAUCCCGACUUCACCGAGAACGCAGCUCAAUUCGCCGAUAUGAUUUGGGCAUCGAGUACCGAGUUAAGCGACAUCAUACCUGAGUUCAAGAGUAUGACAGACAAAUCGCGCCUAGAAUGGGAAGUCAGCAACGUUUACUGGGAUCUCGCCGCCAAAAUCGCCUCCUACAGUGAUGUGGACGAGGCACUGUCACUUGCCCUUGUUCACGUUGCACAUUCCUUGCCCAUACCUACGUUGGGCCCACCAGGUUCUUGUGCCAACGCUCGCUUCUCAGCCGAAUUUGGCCGUACCUAUCACGGUACUGCGCCAGACCGCUUCCUUCAGUUUGUUACCGAACACAAUCAGAUGCUCAACGAGCUUGAGCCAGAGAAAGGUGACAUUUAUUUUCGAGGCACUACCAUCUUGCAAUCAAGCGGCACCGGCAAGUCGCGCAUGGUCUAUGAAUGUCGACAUCAAACUCCUCUUCUCUAUGUCUGCAUCGGACCAACUAGCGACGAGGGACCGGCCAAGGAAGCUUAUCCCCUCCCUGAUCGUGGUGUACGUGCCUUUUUCGAAAACGCUCAGAAGACCCACAAGGAUAAGUGUAACCUUCAUAUUGCCUGUUUCCUCGGCGCUUGGUUCGCGGUGCUUGCUCACCACCUCGCCAAAUUGCCCACUCAGCAGCAAAAACACGACUAUCUGAUGCAGCUCAACCAUCUCGAUCAGAAUGCUGGUCAGAAUCCUCAACGCACCGACUUCUUCCAAACCGUUUUCGAGCGCGCUUCUCUCAGCCUCAAGCUUUCUGACAGAAGCUUGAAGGAUUGGUAUGAUCUUGAUCGCAUCUUCACCGCUCAUAUCCGAUCGCCGUUGGACGCCCUCGAACGAGAGAUGAAGUGCAUUAUAGCUCACAUGCACCCGCCCAACAAGCGCGGCGGAUCAUCACCCACACAUCCUGUCAUGGUGGCCUUCGACGACUGCGUCGAACUCAACGUCAGAUCAGACCGAAGCACAAAUCAGCUCGACAGCCUCCACCGCGCAUGGAAUUGGAUCAGCAUCGAACAAGCCAGAGCCAGGACCACGCCGUUCUGGCUUGUGUUUGAUAACCUUUCUUGCGCCUUGGGAGCUUCUGCGGACUCUCACAUCGUCCACUACGGACGACCGCUGUGGAAGAAGUUCAGGCCUCAAGACCUCUGGGCGUUGGCCAAACUCAAGUUGACGGGUGGUGAAAAGUUUGCCAUCCGCAAACCCGCCCACUGCCUCGGUGUCUUGGCGUCUCGUCUCGCGCUAAGGCUUUUGCCGACUCAAUCGUCAGACUACAAGCUCUUCGAAUUGCAGAAGCAAUUCGUGGACUGCACAGUCGAUCGCCACAUGCGCAUUGUCACGCAUGUUAGCAGCGAGGGUGUCAUGCACGUUGAAUCUCCAUCAGAGCCUGUGCUAGCCAUCGCUGCUUCCAAUAUCAUGCUGGCUCCCUACCUCCAGGAACCUCAGAAAGCGAGAGGCUACACAUAUUCAGACAUUCUCUUUGGGGGUCAUGGCUUGCUCGAGCCCGGGAACCUCGAGGUUCCCUCGCUGAUGGGCAGUCUCGGAGAACUUGCCUCGCGGAUCAUCUUGAUGGCUGCUUGCGACGCCGUGAAGCGCAAAAGAAUCGAACAAACCGAGCCAAAGGAAACGUCGCACUUCAAGCACGUGCCCGCCAGCAUCUUCGCCAAGCCCGUGCCUCUCGAAAGCGUUCUUGAGAACCUUGCCGACCUCGACGAGGCCAAUCUCGCUGCGCUGCAUGAUCAGUUGCAGUCGGCUUCCGCUACGCUGCCGAUGUGGAUCAACUUUACGCAUUUCGACGUGCUGCCCAAAGCGAUCAACGAGAUAACACCCGAAUUUCUGUGGUACUGUUGGAAACGUGGAGUAGCCGUGCAAAUGGCGCACGCGCAGUAUGGCAUCGAUGGCAUCAUCCCGGUCUUUGUAGGUCAUCUCGACUGGCCCUUCGUUGAUGGUUCAUCCACCGAUGCCUCUAACGCCAGCCUUGAGCCCAGAGAGGCCGAGAUGCACGCUGCGCGCUACAUGACCUACGUUGCCUGGGAAGCAAAGAACCAAAGGGAUCCACAGAGCACCACGGUCCCUACUAGGUCAGCGCCUGCCAUUGCUGGACCGGUGAUCAAGAGCGCCUUGAUGGCACCGCCAAACGAGAAGCCACUGACCGAACAGGCUCUGUUGAGCGUGCUUCUCGACCUUGGCACAAGGACCGGAUUCAAACAAGCGCCAGACGGCUUACGACCUCAAGUGAUACCUCUUACGGGUCAACAGUGUCCUCGGCUGUGCAUUCGGGGUACGAUCCCGUACCCGACUCUCUCACUAGCAUGGAAAAGGCCCUGUGGAAUGAGCGCAUCCAGCCCGAUUCAGAUUCCAUCUAAGCUUAAUGCUCGCCACUCGUGCUUUGCGCAGGCUGACCAGCUAUUCUGUGUUGGAAGGCUGGGCAUGGCGAAGAUCCUGGAUGAUUCAGCUCGGGAUGUUGAGGUCGUUAUCGGGGUUACAAUCUAG